ACGCGGCCCGGUGUUGACACUUCCGGGUGGGACCAAAGUGAGGCGGCUGGGCAGGGGCUGGUAGCUCCGGCGGCAACCAUGGCGUAUAACGGCCUCACGGUGCCUCUCAUCGUAAUGAGCGUGUUCUGGGGCUUCGUCGGCUUCUGCGUGCCCUGGUUCAUUCCUAAGGGUCCCAACCGGGGAGUUAUCAUCACCAUGCUGGUAACCUGUUCAGUUUGCUGCUAUCUCUUUUGGCUGAUUGCAAUUCUGGCCCAACUCAACCCUCUCUUUGGACCACAGUUGAAAAAUGAAACCAUCUGGUACCUCAAGUAUCAUUGGCCUUAAGGAGGAAGACCUGCUCUCCAGUGCGCCAUCAUUGAGGUCACGAAGAGAAUUCCUCCAGAUGCAAAAUCAACUCCAAACCCAGACCACCUUCUUUGACUCACCUCUUUUGGCCGUCAGCUGCCUUAAAUAUUCACACCAUGUUUGAAUAUCUUAUUCUACAAUGCAGUAUUUUUCCUGUCACCUUUUUUACGUUUUGACGAAUUAUGUGCCUACUUAACCUAAACUGUGCUGACUCUGUAAAGUGUUUAUGCACUCUUCUGAGAUAGAAGGUGCUAUUCUUCUGAGAAAUACAUUGCUGUCUCCUUGGAACCUGUGAAUUUGAAGAUGACUCCUGCCUGGUCACAACAUGGGAAUCAGCAAAGUGUUUAACUGUCACAAGACAGAAUCCAGUGGGGCAAUCAGUAGGAGAGCGUGUUCAGAGGGGCUGUCGGACCCAACAGAAUUGCACCAAAGUAUAUUUUCAGGAUGACUUUCUUAUUUCUGCCAUCUACUGGAAUAAAUUAUUUUUCUCUGUGGAAA